AUGACGGAGAUUAUCGAUAUAGAAGAAUUUUUGAAUAGCAUUGAGAGAAGAAUUAAGAAAUGUGAGGAAACCAUUUCUUUGCAAAAAGAGGACUUUGGAAAUCUUGGUAAUAAAUACAAAGAAGUUUCAAAUAAAUCAACAGAAAAUAUUUCAUCAAAUAGUUCACUAACCCCUAUUCAAAAUAGGUUCGCAAUUGGUCAGAAUAGUUUGAUGGCUAGUUUAGAAAAUGAUAUUCAAGAACUCAAUAAAAUUAAAAAUGAUCAAAAUUAUUCAAUAAAUUACAAGUUAGAUCAUAUAGAAGCAAUAAUUAAAAAAAUAUAUACUUUAAGCCCUUUGGAAAAUUGGUUAUCUACUUACGAAACAAUAAAGGCAUAUUUAGAAAUGGAUUCAGCAGAUUUUGAAUCAUCCGUCUUAACUUUAGAUUUGAGGAAAGCAUAUAUAAUGGAACAUUUUGACGAGUUUAAUACAAUGAAAAGUCAAUUAAUUGAGUUGGAGAGUUUGUUACCGUUUUUAAAUCAAGAAAUAGAUAUCCAAAGUAUUAAUGACACUAAAAAAAAGCUAAGAGAUUUGGAAAAUAGGUCUAAAAGAAUCAACUACGAGACUAAAUUACUUUGGGAAAAUCUUGAAAAGUUAGUAUUUUCCUAUUCAAAUUUCAUCUAUAAAUAUAACCUAUUAACUUUAAAUCAAUAA